AUGGGCUUCAGUGACCUCUACACGCAUGAAGGUCUGGACGAACUCAACACCUGGCUGGCCAACCGCUCCUUCAUCGACGGCUACUGGAUGACCCAGGCCGACGCGGCCGUCUGCAGGCAACUGAUCGACCCCCCCGACGCCGUCAAGUACCCGCACGCCCGGCGCUGGUUCAACACCGCCGACAGCCACUUCCCCGUCUUCUACAAGCUCCCUGGCGACCCGGCGAAGCCUUACACCGCCUACGGCCCCGGGGCAGCCGAGGCCGAGGCGAACCGCCUGGCGGAGGAUCGCAAGAGACGGGCGGCCAGGCCCUCUGCCACCGCAAAGUCAAAACUUCUACUGGAAGUCAUACCUUGGGAAGAGGAGGUCGACUUGGCUUUAAUGGAGGGCGCCGUGCGCAGCAUCGAGAGGGAUGGCCUGGCUUGGGGUACGUCCGAGUUCUUGCCGGCUCGUCAUGGCAAGAAGAAACUGCACAUCAACCUGGUCGUCGAGGACGAAACGGUCAACUUGGCCGAGCUCGAGAGGGAUAUUCAGCUGUUCGAAAACUACGUGAAGCAGACGGAUAUAUUGACAACAAAGAAGCUGUAA